AUGGAUAGCAAGAAGAGGAGAAGGACAUUGGAGAAGAAUAAGGACCUUGCAACUGCUAAUGAAGAAAGUUCAAUGGAUUCUUACAGCGCCCUUUUAAGACACAUGGAGGAACCAUCUAGUUCAAGGAGUGGUAAUAGAAAAAAAGGACUGGAGCCACUCUGCGAAGAUGUAUACAUUAGUGUGAAGAGUCCAUUCGAUUGUCUUGCAGCAGAGGAAGAUGACACUUCUACUGAAGAAGAUUACAGGUAUUGGUUGGAUUAUAUUUUCGUUCCUCAGGAAGACGAGGAGGAUGAUGGUGUUUUCGUUCCUCGGGAAGACGAGGAGGAGGAUGGUGAUAGCUUAUUGGUUAAUGUGGCUGAGGAACCCCUGAUUGGAGAUGUGGCUGAAGAUCCCCAGAUUGGAGAUGUGGCUGAAGAUCCCCAGUACAAAUUAUUUUUGGAUAAUGUGAAGGCUCGUGGAACAUGCUAUGUGAUUGAGAUCCCUGAGCAAAAUAUUUGUAUAGAAUACCCUGAUGUGGCUCUUACUGUGGCUUCUGAGGCACAAAAUAAUGUUGGUAACUAUACUGGGAAGCGCAGGGGUAGGAAACCAAAAAAUUUGAGACAAAUAAUUGAGGAUUCUCAUGUUGUGUCUGCAAAGGUACAAAAUAAUGUGGGUGACUAUAGUCAGAAGCGCAGGGGUAGGAAACCAAAAAAUUUGAGACAAAUAAUUGAGGAUUCUCAUGUUGUGUCUGCAAAGGUACAAAAUAAUGUUGGUAAUUAUAGUGGGAAGCGCAGGGGUAGGAAACCAAAAAAUUUGAGACAAAUAAUUGAGGAUUCUCAUGUUGUGUCUCCAAAGGCACAAAAUAAUGCUGGUGACUAUAGCGGGAAGCGCAGGGGUAGGAAACCAAAAUCUUUAGGACAAAUGGUUAAGGAUGCUCAUGAUGCAUCCCCAAAGGCACAAAAUCAUGUGGGUGAGUGCAAGGGCAGGGGUAGGGGUAGGAAACCAAAAGAUUCAGGACUAGUCGUGGUUAAGGAUUUUCAUGGUGUGUCUCAAAAAGCACAAUAUCAUGUUGGUAACCGCAGGGGUAGGAAACCAAAUGGUUUGGGAAAACAUGCUGUCAAGGAUUCCAAUGGCGAUGGCAAUGCCAAUGUUGUGGAGGUUUCUAGGGCACAAAACAAUGAUGGUAAAUAUAGCGGUAAGCGCAGGGGUAGGAAACCAAAAGAAUUGAGAAAUGAUGCAGUUAAGGACUCUAAUGGCAGCUGCAAUGGCGGGGCUUCAGAGGCAAAGAAGAAUGAUGGUAAUGACAAGGGUACGCUCAAAGGUGAGACACCACAAAAGAAUGAUCACAUAGCAAAGGGUGAUCACAUUUACCCUCCGUCUGGCAUAGAAAUAAAGGUAAAGGAGGAGAUUGAAGAGGAUGAUGACGAUGCACUCUGCAAAAGAAGGCGAAAGGUUCCAAGUUUGAAUUUGGAACAUUAUUGGCAUGAUGAUAAAGCCAAUGCAACGAAAUACACAAAGUACAGAGAAAAACUCAUGCAAGAGCUGGAGAAGCCUUACUGUGAGGAAGAGUAUAAGAAGCUUUUUAAAUAUAUGAAACAUAGAAAGCUAGUCGAAUACCAUAAAGAGCAUCGCAGCGGCCCUAGGACCUGCAAGAGAAAUUAUCUUGGGAAAUCUCUUCUUAAUCAUCAUGUUGAUCUGAACAAAAAACUAAAAUCAGUUAGUGGUGAUUAUCCUAAACGUCUGACCCUCUUACGUGGAUUUGUUUUUUGGUUGACGCAUUGUGCGGAUGAUGAGGCGUUCAAGCCAUGGAUCUAUCCUGAAUAUUGUAAGCCGGCACCUAAGAUGUAGGAAGUGUUAUCUGAUUUUUAUGGUCAUGUUCAUUGCAUGUUUUACAUGGCGUCUCAGAAAGAGUGAAGGCUUUAAGAGCUAGCUCGUUAACUUUAUCAGUUAUUUAGUUGACUUGAUCUAGAAGUUUCAUAUACAUGUAUAUAAAACACUAUUAACUUUGGUAGAAGAUGAGAUCCAUCGUUCAUACUUUUAAUACACUUCACACGUUUCGAUU